AUGGCGUACACGUACUCUGGCUACGACUCGUACGACUACUCGUCGUCUGGGAUGGACGAUGUUGGGGAAAAGGUGAACGAGCCGCCCGAUGUGCUGGCAGCGGGAAAAAGAAACAAGGCGGGCGGAAAGGCAGGCAGCGGGGUGAUGCUGAUGGAGCAGCUUGCGGCUGAGGUGACCGAUGAUGAGCCGGCGGUGACUUCUGCGGAGCCGAUGGAUGCCGGAAUAGCGGAGACGUCGCUCCAGACGGGGCUCUCGCCGGCGCAGGUGGCUUCGUUGCGAAUGACGCACGGGUACAACGAGGUUGUAACAAAGCCGACGCCGGCGUGGCUCCAGUUUGCGCUGUUCUUCUGGGGCCCCAUGCCGUGGCUCAUCGAGAUUGCGGCGGUGCUCUCGAUUGUGGUGGGCGACUGGAAAGGGCUAGGCAUCAUUGUCACGUUGUUGGUGAUCAACGCCGUCAUCGGAUUCCACGAGGAGCGGCACGCCGGCGCGGCUGUGGCGGCACUGCAGGACUCGCUUGCGCCCGACGCCACAGUCCUCCGAGACGGCAAGGUGCGUGUUAUUCCUGCGCGCGAGCUUGUGCCCGGCGACGUGAUCAUGGUCAAGGGUGGCGACAUUGUGCCUGCAGACGCAAUCGUGGUCCCGCUCAAGCCUGUCGGAAUGACGGCGGCGACGGCGUCGCGAGUGAUGGUGGAUCAGGCUUCGCUGACCGGUGAGUCGCUGCCUGUCUCGCGGUCGUACGGCCAGCGGCUGCUCUCGUCGUCGCUGGUCAAGACCGGCGAUGUGACGGCGCAGGUGACGGCGAUCGGGGCCGAGACUGUGAUCGGCAAGGCCUCGUCGUUGGUCUCGGAGGCCUCAUCGAGCGCGCCCAAGGGGAUCAAGAAGACUCUGGUCAAGCUCUCCAACGUCAUGCUCGUCAUGGCCUUUGUGGUCGCACUUGUUCUUCUUGUCCACGGUCUUGUCCUCCACCGCGAUCUGCUUGAGCUUCUCCAGCUGGUCCUAGUCAUUGUCAUUGCCGCCAUUCCGGUGGCCAUGCCAACGGUGGUGACGGUGACAAUGGCCGUCGGCGCGCACCAGCUGGCGCGGGCCAAUGCGGUUGUCACGGAGCUGACCUCACUCGAGCAGCUUGCAUCAGUCGACAUCCUCUGCUCGGACAAGACCGGGACGCUGACACAGAACAAGCUCUCGCUUCACGACUGCGUCGUACCGACCAAAGCCAUCACCAUCGACGACGUGCUCGACGCUGCGCUCUUCUGCUCGGUCAAUGACGACGAUGCGGUUGACCAUGUGUUCUUGCAGGCCGGCCGAGCCCGCGCUGCAGGCGAGCCUUGGAUCAACGUCUCGCGCACGGAACAGCUCCACAGGACCGAGUCCAUCCGGGUCCCAGUCACCAACUCGGAGGUGCUCCUCCGGCAAGCGCGGGCGGCUUCGGUAACCAUCGAUACGGGAUCGGCCGGGACUCAGCACCCGGUGGCAGCAGGCGUUCGCAUCCUCCAUCGUGUUCCGUUUGAUCCGGCGGUGAAGCGGACCGAGGCCACCAUUGUUGAUUCGCGGUUUGGCGAGCCGUCGGUGUAUCGCGUGGCCAAGGGCGCGACCCAUGUGAUCGCAACUAUGUGUGGGCUUGACGACGACGUCAACUACUCGGCAUCGGUUGAGCACAUGGCCAACCGCGGUUACCGGUCGGUGGCAGUGGCGCGAUCGGUCUCGAGCUCGCCCGACGACCCUGACGCGCAAUGGGAGCUUGUCGGCCUCUUUGCCAUUUUUGACCCGCCGCGCAUCGACACGGCCCACGUCGUCCGGCGAUGCCACGAGCUCGGCAUUGAGGUCAAGAUGCUCACCGGCGACCAGUCGAUCAUUGGGCGUGAGACGGCGCGGCUCAUCGGGCUCGGCGACAACAUCGUGACCGCUGACGAGCUCUUCUCCGACUCGCUUACCGACGCUAUCAAGGCCGAGCGGGCCGAGGCGCUCGACGGUCUCGGCGAGGUCUAUCCCUCGCACAAGUAUGCUUUUGUCUCUCUUCUCCAGUCGCGCGGCCACGUGGUGGCCAUGACUGGGGACGGCGUCAACGACGCGCCGGCGAUCAAGGCUGCCAAUUGCGGCAUCGCCGUCGAGGGUGCCACCGCGGCAGCACAGUCGGCGGCAGCAGUGGUGCUCCUCAAUCCGGGCCUCUCCGCUAUCAUCAACGCGGUCGAGGAGGCGAGACGGAUCUUCACUCGCAUGUCGUCGUACAUCACCUUCCGCAUCGUCGACUCUUUCCACGUCUUGUUCUUCCUCGCCAUCUCGAUCCUCUUCCUCGACUUUGAGCUCGACUCGAUCCACGUCGCCAUUCUUGCCAUUCUCAACGAUGUCUCGCUCGUCUCGAUUGCCUUUGACCAUGCCCGUGACUCGGCACGCCCGCUGAAGUGGAACCUCCCGUUCCUGCUCAUCCUCGGUGGCGUCCUCUCAUGCGUCAUGAUUGCCUCUACGAUCGUCACCUACUACAUCGCGCACAAGGCCUCGUGGGGCUGGCAGCUCCAGGUCGAUGCUACCAAGACCGCAGUCUACCUCCAGAUCUCGGUCUCGGGCCACCUCGCCAUCUUUGCUACCCGCGUUCAGGACUCGCUCGCCGUGCUCUAUGCCCCGUCGCGGGUUGUCGUCGGCGGCGUCCUCGCCUCGCAGCUCGUCGCCACUGCCCUUGCUGGCUUUGGCAUCCUCAUGGAGAAGCUCGCCUGGUCGCACGUUGCCGAGAUCUGGGGCAUCGCUGUCGCCACCUUUCUCAUUGUCGACUACGUCAAGCUUGUCUUCCACAUCUUCUUCACCGACGAUGACGAGACGAGCGUCGCUGCCCCCGCGCGCGCUCCUGACAAUGCUGCACCGCCAGCGGGCUCGGUCGCCACCGUAGCCGCGCAGGCUAAAGACCAUUGA